CAUUGCAUUAAUUUAUCUUAUAGUUAUUUUUGUAUCGUAUAGUUGACAUUUGCUUCUAACUUUGUUGAUGUUUCAUAGUUUUACGUAUUAUAUAAUAUUUUUUUUGUUUUCAUUUGUUUCCUGCAAGUUGUUCGGAAAAAACUGAACACUCUAUAUAUGAACAAUUUGAAGCUUCUCUGUUAAUGGCGAUUUUAUAAGAUUCCUAUUCUAUAUUUAAAUAAUUUAAAUAAUCCAAAAUAAACUGCAGUUAAUUAUUAACCAUGGCUUUACUUUUGCGGAGUUGCAUUUUAUACCAAAGGAAACUGUUCAUGAAAGAAAUUAUUACAUUUAAACGGACGUCUAUGUAUUAUACGUGCGGAAACGUCAAGAAAUUUAUACCAUGUUUGCAAGUAAGGCAUGUUUCUGAUAAACACAGUGAAAGAAACACUAGUGUAAGAGAAAUGAUAUACAAUGGAGCAGUAACAAAUAAAGUCCGUAAUAUUAAAAUGUUUUCCUUGUUAUCAUCAGUUUUAUCAGUAAUUUGUCAACCAAUUAUUUACAUGAAGAUUUUAGAAGAAGAUAAUGCAAUAAGUGUAGGAACAUUAUUUGCACUAUUAAAUAUACUUACUAUAAGUAGUCCUCUUUUAGUACAUUUCUUAACAAAAAGAUAUGUAAUUGAAAUGUAUCAUUAUCCUAACAAAGAGAAGUAUACCGCCGAAUUAUAUACAUUUUUUUGCAAAAAAAGAGAGAUAACAUUUACUCCAAAUGAUGUUAUUGAACCUAAAACACGAAUUACAGGGGCACUUACAACCUGUAUUGCAGGUGGUAAACCUUUGCUUUUUGAUGAAAGCUGUUUUAUAGAUCCCAAACAUUAUAAAAUUAUUAUGAAUUAUAAUAAACCAACAGAUUUUGAAAUAGAGCAGUUACGUAUUACUGCGAUCAAUCAACCACAAGAUAAAAGAAUAACAAUGGGAAACAAAAAUGAAGAACAGAAAUAAUUUGACAAGUAUAGUUUCAUUUAUUACACGGCUUUUUAGUCUAAAUUUUUAUACAUUAUUUAAAAGCACUAUAUAAGUUGCUAGGUACAAAAUAUAUACGUUAUUACGAGAGACUGUAUAUUAAAA